CAACAAUCCACAUUGUUCCCAUUUUGAGGUUAUAUUUUAUUAGGCUAGUUUGUAUUAAUGCAUCGAGUGCGUACAAAGUACAAUUUGUACAAGCAUCAUCAGACGGCCGUCGCGGAUUACGUUACAGCCAGAAUCCACCAUCUUCUCCUCCCCCUCCUUCCUUCCUAACACCAAUACCAACGUCAAAGGCCGGUCCUUUUCUCUUCUUUUCCCCUCUGCAAAUUCAAUCAAUAACAAGGCAGCAGUUUCGGUUUUUGACAAUACCAGCCUCCUCAGCCGCCUCUCACUGUAAAUUCAGGUGCUUUUUUUUUCUUUCUGUUCAGCUGAGCUGCUUAUAGAUUCAUAGUACUGGUUUGUGUAGAGAAUUUUAGAUGUUGGGUUUUGGAGUUUGACUGGACUUUUGUACAAGUUUCUGGUUUUUGUGAAUUGGGUUUCAAGCAAUUCGUGAAAGUUUGGAACUUUUGGUGGUUUUAGGUGUUCGGAUUGGUUUUUGAGGUACUUUUUCAGCUGGGUUUUCUGUGGAGCUUCUGAAUGUUGGGGUUUUGAAUUGACUGGAUUUUCAUAUGAGUUUGUGGUUUUGUGAAUUGGGUUUCAAGUAAUUUAGUAAAAGAUUGGAAUUUUGGUGCUUCCAGGUGUUGGGAUUGAUUUUUGGGAUACUUUUACCAGCUGGGUUUUAGAUAGUUUUCCUAUUUCCAGUUGUGAAUUGGCUAUUGAAGACUUUGGUUGAAUUCGUGGGCACGUCAAGAAAUCGAAUUCUCUAGUGGGGAACUAUGUGAAGAUAUGUAACUCAAUUUUCAUCCGUUUCGUUUGAUGAGGAUUUCAACCACUGUGUAACGAAUCGAGGUUCGAAUUGCUCAUUUCAGUGGCUGUUACAUAAGAAUCUUGCUGGUUUGGAGCAAUUUGAGGUCCUAAUUAUCGGUAACAGUACUGGCAGAAACGAAAACUGUCAGUAACUUUGAUCAGCUCCUUUCUUGUUUUUGGGAUUCUCUCAUCUGUCAAUCUGGUGACCUGAGUUUUGUAUAGACUUUGGUUGAAUUCGAAAGUGAUGGCCAAACACUAAAUUAGUGGGCUUUGGAAUUUCUAUAUAGGUUGGGCUUUUCUUCGCAACAACUUGACGAAGAAUAGAAUAAAGUUAGAUGUUCCAUCAUUCUGUCCGUCCCAAAACGGGAGUUGAACAGAUUAUCCCCUUAAGAAUGGCCAUCACAGUGGUAAGUCUAUUGCUGUUUGUGCAGUUGCCAGCAAUCUUUGCCUCUGAGUUUGUUAUACAGUCAAGGGGAUGUAGCGAUCACAUUGCCUAUUCAAGUUCUCAUGGUCACAAAUUGUUUUACAUAAAUGGGAAUUCAGUGGAAAAAGCUUUCUUCUGCACGGCUUUUCAGACAUACUAUGCAAAUGGUUGCAUUUUGGAAGGCGACCUUGGCAUUUACCAUUGUGCUUUGGACCUUUCACGUGUUGAUUUUCCCUUGAGGACGGUGAGGAAACUUUUGCAGAAGGAGUCAAGGGAUAAAUCUACUUUCGACAACAAAGAAAAGAAAGAUUUUGCAUCUCUGUCUGCGACGACAAAAGUCGGAAUAGCAGCAAGUGGAAUGUUUCUCGCGUGUUGUGUUUUUCUUUGUCCUUGCUUUUUCAAAAAAAGGAGAGAAAGUGCUCACAAAGUUCUUGCAAAGGAGCCAAAUUCAAUGGAUUCAGUUUCUUCUUUUGAAGUGAGUUCUGGUCCUGAAAAGAUCCUGGCCAGUCCACAUCGUGCGCCACCAAGUCCGCAUCGUGUGCCACCAAAUCCACAUCGUGCGCCACCAAGUCCGCAUCGUGUGCCACCAAGUCCACAUCGUGUGCCACCUAGUCCGCGAUUUUCAAUGUCUCCAAAACUCAGUAGACUUGGAUCAGUGCAUCUCAGUUUGAAUCAGAUUGCAAAAGCAACUCGCAACUUCUCUCAAUCACAACAAGUUGGUGAAGGAGGUUUUGGAACUGUAUACAAAGCCCAGCUAGAUGAUGGCCAAGUGGUUUCCAUUAAACGAGCAAAGAAGGAAUACUUUGAGAAUUUACAAACUGAAUUCAGCAGUGAAGUUGAACUGCUUGCCAAAAUUGAUCAUCGAAAUCUCGUAAAGCUACUAGGUUAUGUUGAAGAAGGAAAUGAGCGCCUUAUCAUUACGGAGUAUGUGGCAAACGGUACUCUUAGAGAACAUCUGGAUUGUCAGCAUGGGAAAAUCCUAGAGUUCAACCAGCGACUUGAAAUUGCCAUCGAUGUUGCUCACGCCCUUACCUAUCUUCAUUUAUAUGCUGAAAAGCAAAUCAUCCAUCGAGACGUGAAGUCCUCCAACAUUCUUCUGACAGAAAGCAUGAGAGCCAAAGUGGCAGAUUUUGGAUUUGCAAAGCUUGGCCCGAUGGACUCAGAUCGAACACACAUUUCAACCAAAGUGAAGGGAACUGUCGGUUAUCUUGACCCUGAGUACAUGAAAACCUAUCAACUCACCCCAAAAAGUGAUGUUUACUCGUUUGGGAUCUUACUAAUAGAAAUUUUGACUGGCCGUCGUCCAGUGGAGUUGAAGAGACCUGUUGAAGAGCGGGUGACCCUCAGAUGGGCCUUCAAGAAGUUGAAUGAAGGGCGCGUGGCGGAAAUGGUUGAUCCUUUGAUGGAGGAAAAUAUAGAUGCAGAGGUUCUGAUGAAAAUCUUCGAAUUGGCAAUCCAAUGUGCAGCCCCCAUCCGAGUUGAUCGGCCGGAGAUGAAAUCGGUGGGAGAGCAGUUGUGGACAAUAAGGGCAGACUACCUCAAAAGUGUCAAGAGAGGGCAGUAGAGAAAUCUUUCUCCAUUCUUAUUCCCUCACUGUUGUUUUCAACUUACCAUGUAAAAUUUAAUUUGGUCAGACUCACAGACACAAGUUUGCUUUUCGUUUUGGCCAUUUUCUCGACGUCGUUUUCGCCUUGAACAUACUUUGGAUGUGUAAUUCUUUGAUUACCAAAUCGAAGCAAGUUCCGACAGGGUUCCAA